AUGCAGUCUGGAAUCUCCGUCUCGACGGAGCUCCAUGAUGCCUUCGCCCGCUUCAACUCCGACUCAUCCCUCUUCUGUCUGCCAGUGACUAUCACCGGCGAGACCCUCACCCCACAAACUGCCAUCUCCUUCUCAGGAUCCUCGUCCAGCCCGGAGGACUUUUACAGCUCUCUUCCCCAGCUGUCUACUGUCCUACAGCCCAAGACACCCAUCUACCUUCUGCUCCGCCGCCCGACAGCGUCGUCAUCGACCCUUGUCGCGCUGACGCACAUCCCCUACAAUGCGCCUGUUCGUCCGAAGAUGCUCUUCGCUUCGACUCGCUCGACGCUGGUUCGCGAGCUAGGAAUCGAGAAGUUCCCGUUGACUGUCUUUACUACUGAGGAGGACGAGAUUCUUGGCAAGAAUGCGUGGCUUGAACGGAGUGGGGAGUUGGCUGGUGGUGUGAAGCGCGAGGAUAUGAUGAGUGAGAAAGAGCGGGGGCUUGAGGCCGUGAGGAAGGCUGAGGCCGAGGCUAGAAGUGGGACGCCGCAUCGGGAUAUUGGGAUUGGCGGCACUUUUGGUGCCGGCUCUGGAUCUGGUAUGAGAGUCUCUAUGGAUGUGGAUGAUGCGGCCAAGACCGCUGUGAGGGAGCUUCGGGAUGGUGGGCUUGUGCAAUUGACGGUUGAUGGGCCCACGGAAAGUAUUAAACUCGUCGAUGCCCAGGCCGGUGUCGACGCGGGCUCGGUCGCCUCCCACAUCUCCUCGACCUCACCCCGCUAUUCCUUCUAUCACUACCCCGGAUCGGAUGUUGUGGUGUUCGUAUACACCUGCCCCACUGGAUCGACAAUCAAAGAGCGCAUGUUGCACGCCAGCUCGCGGAGAACUGCAAUCACGGUUGCCGAGAACGAGGGUCUCAAGAUCUUGAAGAAGAUCGAGGCAUCGUCGCCAGGUGAGAUCACCGCAGAGCGGUUGCAGGAGGAGGUUGACCCGCCGAAAGACCAAGGCGCCUCACGAGGAUUUGCCCGUCCCCGUCGUCCGGGCCGGUAG